CAUGAUGAGUCAUGGGGUAGUACUAUAUAUGUAUAUAGUAUAUAUAGACAACCACUUCAUCCUCAUAAGAGUCAUGACCAAACCUCAUAUCAAUAAUAUCAGUUAUAAUACUACUAUAUAAUAUUUUUGGUAACCAGUUACCAAAUCAAUAAAUCAUGUAUCCAACAGCACCAGCUGAAGAUGAUGAAUAUGAUAAUAAGAAGUAUUCAAGCCCAACAGUAAAUAAUAAUAAUCAAAAUCAAAAUCCAAGUCUAGCACAACCAGCUUAUCCUCAUCAUCAUCAUCAUCAUCAUGUUCCUUACAUAACCAGAAUGCCUGUUCCUGGUACAGCCACAGGGAAGUGGUCUUCUGGUCUUUGCCAUUGCUGUGAUGACCCAGCAAAUUGUAUGGUGACUUGCUUUUGCCCAUGCAUCACAUUUGGACAGAUUGCUGAAAUUGUAGACAAAGGUUCUUCAACUUGUGGUUGUCGUGGGGCUAUUUAUGGGUUGGUUAAUAUGACUGGACUGGCAUGCUUGUACUCGUGUAUCUAUCGAUCAAGAUUGAGAGGUCAAUAUGGGUUGGAAGAGGCACCUUGUGUUGAUUGCUUAGUCCACUUCUGUUGUGAGACUUGUGCCCUUUGCCAAGAAUACAGAGAGCUCAAGUACCAUGGCUUUGAUCUUGGAAUAGGUUGGGAAGCCAAUUUGGAAAGACAACAACGUGGAGUGACUGCUGCUCCAAUGAUGGUACCACCCAUGACAAGAUAAUAAGAUGAAAAUAUUACUAUUCAAUUCAAUUGAACAAGAUUUUCAGUGUGCAAUAAAUAUAUAUUUCUAGGGCAAUUUUAUGCACUAUCAUGUUUUCUGUAAGUAGAUAUAAUAAUAUUCAUGGUAUUUUUAGAAUAUUUUGCAAUUUUUGAAAAUAUUUUAAAUAAUUUAUUGUAUUAAAAAUAAGAUUACAAAUAAUCUUGUUUUUUUAUUGGUGUAACAAGAUUGUUUGAAUCUUUUUUCUGAUAUAAUAAAUUAUUCAAAAUUAUUAAAUAAUAAUUUGCAAAAAAUUCUAAAUAACUAAAAAAAUUAUAUAUAACUAUCUACUUACCAAAAACAAGUGAUAGGUGCAUGGUACAUCCUUAUUUUGGGUGCACUGUUAAAUUUUUCUAUAAUUAUAUAUUUAUGAUGUUGGUCCUAGAGUGGUUAUUUUUUUUGUACAAAUUUACUAAGUAUUAUAUUUUUUUUAAGCAAUGAACAUAUUCAAUUUACUUAUUGUUAUUUAUAAAUAUAUGGGACGUGUACAUGUACUCCUCUCCUCUUUUCAAA